UUAUUCUUUAUUUGUUGCAGGUGAUUAAUUUGGGGGGAGGGAGCCUGAAUUUAAGCCUCGAGCAGCGAUGAAUUACUUCGGGCUCGGGCGUUAUUUUCACAACGUGCGCGAGUUCUACAAGGAGAUCAACGCGGCCACGUUGACGGGAGCCAUAGAUGUAGUGAUUGUGCGGCAACCCGAUGGAACCUACCUCAGUUCCCCUUUCCACGUCCGGUUCGGGAAGCUAGGUGUGCUCCGUGCCCGGGAAAAAAUUGUGGAUAUCACGAUAAAUGGAGAAGAGAAGGAGUUGCACAUGAAAUUGGGGGAGAAUGGAGAAGGGUUCUUCGUGAUCGAGGCUGGCGAGGAUGAAGAGCUGCCUGCGGAACUCGCCACGUCUCCCAUCAACACCAUGGGCGGGGAGUUGAUGGACCUGAACCUGGGUGCUCGUGCAGCUGAGUUGGAGCGACUUGAACAGCGUGUCCCGAGUGACCAGGAAAUGGAAUCUUCUUCUUCUUUCCAACCGGAUCGGGAUCGAAUGGCUCAGGAGCUUGUCCAGCAGCUGAACGAGGAUCGGAAGAAUGAUUUGAAUGUCGCGAAUGCAGAACAAGGCAAUGUGGCGUCGUCGGGCUCGUCGAGCGAGGAAAAGUCGCAGCAGACGAACAACCGCCGCAAGCGGCGCCGCAAAAAGGCCGCCGCGAAGCCGCCGGAACGCAGCCCGGAAAAGGACGAGGACAUUUUCGAGAUGGAAGAUUUCCGCGUGUCGGACGGCGACCCCGGGGACGACACGACGUCAGCGGCCGACAAUGACUUUGAAGACGUGGCCUCGUUUCCCGAGAGCCGACGAGUGUCGGAGAUUCAUCCUUUCAGUGAUACGGAUUUGAGCCCCGUGGCGAGUCCGCAUUUGAGUCGGGCGGAGACGCCCAUCAAGUCGGAUACCGAGUAUGAGUUGUCGGAGCAUCGCACGGACGCGUCGGAAUCGGCCCGGACGUCUGGGCCACCAGGAAGUCAGUUGAGGUGGGAUUGGGGUGAGUUGCCAGCGAGACAAACCCCAGCGACGGCGUCAUCCGCCGUCGGCGAGACGCAAUCAUCCGCGGAAGCAGCGAUGACCGCCUCCACGUCCGCCACUCCUGCCACAGCCGAGGACGUCGUCACGCAGGAAACGGAGGAAGAAACCGAAGCGGCGCCUUCAAUGCUCGGCUCCAUGUUCAGUUUCAUUCGGAGGAGUAAAAACCCUGCGACGCGCGUGCGGAAAGAACGACGAGGUUUGUCUUCUUCUGCCAUAUUGACCAACACAACGGCGGCAACAACAACUGCGAAUGCGACGACGACGAAGACGACAGCAGCAGCAGGAACAGGUGUGAUGAUGAGUCAGUUGGAUGAGGAGCGAGUUGUGGCUCAGGUUUUGGAGCCGGCGCCGCCGUCGGUGUCGGCGGAGCCACCGGCGCCAGCGCCGCCACUGCCGCACGCCGCGCUUCCCUUGACGGGUAUUUACCUGGAUGAUUUGACUGAUGACGUGGAGCCCGAAAUUGCAGCGCUUUAUCUGAGGUCGGGGCGGACGAUGAGGUCGGAAGUGUCGCAUAAUGUUCAACAUUUCCGCGGUCCAAGUGAUGAAGAUCUCGAUAGUGGGAAAGGUCCUAGUCUGUCUCACAGUCCAAAUUCGAAUUUGGGAGAAGAUCCAGCUCAGGCGUCCGAUUCCGACGAUGGCGCUGCUCAGAUGAAGCCUUCCAAGCGACGCGCUCUCGACGCUCUGUCCCUGAGCAAUGUGGAGCUGUCCAAGUGCGGCGGCUGGAACCAGGAAGGCGGCCCGAACCCGGCCGACUUCAACGCCAAGAAAGUCACUUUCGAGCACCUGUGCGAAGACCCGAACCUGUUUACCUCGUCCGACCUGGUUGUCCAACUCAAUGGCCGGUAUUUGCCCAUCCAAACGGCGUUGCGAGCCGUGUGGUCCGAGCUCGUGUUUCGCCGUCCGCUGCCCGAAGACGUCCUGGAGCGUCACUUUAACCGGGAACUCGAAGCGGGCAAGUCCAAGUCGUCGUAUUGGUUUUCGGGCUGGCGGCGGACGUCGACGGCGACGACGCCGCCGAAAUCCGUGGCGGCCGUGAAGCCCACGGCCCAGGUGCACGCGGUGAAGGCCAUGUCCGAGCCGGACUUGGUGACGAAUAUCCCGACGAAUACCAGUGCUUCUUUGGGAGAUCAACACCAUUUUCAUCAUCAUCAGCAGCAGCAGCAUGAAUUGAUGAUGCCACGAGAACAGGGAAAAGACAAGGAGCACGUGAAGGACCGCCAACUUGAUGAAGAUGAAGAGGAGGAGGAGGAGGAUGACGGGCUUGAAAAUGAGGCUGACACGCGUCGUUCGUCCUCCCGAGGAGCCAGAGUCGGGAAAUUGGGUUCGAGCGGAGGAAGAUCCCUUUCGGAGCCGUCACCGAGUGCAGGGAAACUCGGAUACCGGCGAUCUCUGAGUGCGUUGUCCGAGACACAGAGUCAGGAGUCGUUGGGCCAUCACAGGAAAAGCCUGCGUCUCACGUCCGACCAGGUGGAGGCCCUGAAUUUGCGCGAUGGCGUCAAUGAGUGCGUGUUCAGCGUCACGACGGCCUACCAGGGCACCAGCAAGUGCGGCUGUCACAUUUUCCUCUGGAAUUGGACCGACAAGAUCGUGAUCUCUGAUAUUGAUGGCACAAUCACUAGGAGCGACGUGUUAGGCCAUAUCUUGCCGAUGAUUGGGAAUUCGUGGGCCCAGUCUGGAGUCAGCCAGUUGUUCACCAAGAUUGCGCGAAACAACUACAAGUUUCUCUACCUGUCUGCCCGGGCCAUUGGACAGGCCAGGAUCACCAGGGACUACCUGAGAUCCAUACGACAGGAUGAUCACGAACUUCCCAUCGGGCCAGUCAUGUUGAAUCCCAGCUCUCUUUUAUCCGCCUUUCAUCGGGAGGUGAUAAUCAAGAAGCCAGAAGAAUUCAAGAUAGCCUGCAUGAAGGAUGUGCUGGCGUUGUUUCCAAAGGAUGUGAAUCCCUUCUACGCGGGUUAUGGCAAUCGCAUCAAUGAUGCGUGGGCGUACAAAGCAGUUGGUGUUCCAGUGUCAAGGAUCUUCACUAUUAAUCAUCGCGGGGAAGUCAGGCAUGAGCUGACCCAAACGUUUCAGACCUCAUAUUGCGGCCUCACAUACAUGGUGGACAUGGUGUUCCCUCCGCGGCCGGAAACCGACGUGGAAUCCUGGUCGAGUGAAAGCCAACCCCAGGCUGGCGGGAACCCGUCUGCGGAAGAACUCGCCCUGGCGUCGGACCACGAAAUCUACUCUGACUUCCUCUACUGGAGAGACCCCCUGCCGGAGCCCCAAGAACUCGCGGACGCCGUCAGGAAGCCCGGCGCCAUUUCCAACCAAACUGACCUGGUUGUGGCGGCAGGGCCGGACGCUUUCAUCAAAGUGAGGGAAAGUUCAAGUGUGUGA